AUGGAGACAGGGGCAGAAAAACGUAAUCCGGACUGUACGCCAUGCAGGAUCGUUGGGUCAAUCGGCCUAGUCAGUAUUGGAGCUUACCUCGCUAACGCUGCAUUUAAAAAUAAAACUACACCAGGAAAAGUUUUAGUUUCCACUAUAUCCUUCGAUAAGCUGUGGGCAGAGCGUCGACACGAUGGGGCGCCUUACGAGUACGAUGUAGGGGAGUAUCGGGGUGAUUGGAUGAUGGAAACAGCUAAGCAAGUUCAUGGGGAGGCUCAACCAAAUAAAGUUCUGCCUCCUCAAGCUCGGACUUCGAUGGAUGGAACGUGGUCUGCUCAAUCUAACGCAUGGAGCGCUGCCUUGGGAGCAAUCGUUGGCGCUGGAACAGUCUUCCUAAUAGCUCUUCUAUUGUUCAUAUUUAAAAAACCAAAGAGACAGGAUCCACCGCAGCUUGCACCUAUGGAUGUAGCACAAAAUGAAAUGCUAAUACCUCGCGAGCAAUGUCGCGUGCAGCCACUAAGUGAGAGGUCCGCAUCAUCUCUACCACACGCUCGUCUCGCUAGAACACCUUCCAUAUCAUCCCAGAGCAGCCUGGACAGCGGUACAUCAAGAGCCACUAGUCACCGUGGUUCUUCUCCAGCAAUAAGGACCUUUGCUCCGGACGGUCGGACAUUAGAGGCUGGAGUAUCUGGCUUGCCAAGAUCUCCUUCACCGUUGAGAGCAGCGUCUCUUGACGUCAGAGCAGCUCCCCUCGGCUCCUUGGCUUCAUUGGCUGAUUCCCAAGCACCACCAAGCCCGAGACACAUACCUCCAAGAUGCCUUUCCCCCCUACUUAUGCCGCCACGACGAAUAGACCGAAGCAACUCUUUAGUUGAGAACAGCAGUGGAGCACCCUUGAGUCCCGGAGCCAGCACCGCGAUUAGUUCUUUAGGAGCCCUACAACCAGAUCUAUAUACUAAAAGAGAAACUCCUUUGGUUAUCGAAUUAGAGGGCGUCGGCCCCUCACUAGGAAGAAUUCACUUACGCUUAAAAUACGACUUCGACAGAUCCGACCUUGAAGUACAUUUGAUAGAAGCUCAUGAUCUGGCCGGAUAUGAGGCUGGAGGUUUUAAUGAUCCGUAUGUAAGAGUGAGUUUGUUACCCGAAGUCGACACUCGAGUUAGACAGACGCCAGUGCACAGGAAUGAAGCCAAUCCAUUUUUUGACCAGCACUUCAAGUUUCCAGUAUCACACGAUGACCUCACUGACAAAACAUUAUUGCUUCAGGUGUUUGAUUAUGACAGGUUCUCCAGAAACGAAGUGAUGGGCUCGGCCAAGGUCCCUCUUUCACGUGUGGAGGUCGCAGGUGGCGCGGAGGUUUGGGCAGAGUUAUCCCGCGAGCGUCGCCCGCCUGAAGAACUUCAAGAACUGUUACUCUCUCUGUCUUUCCUACCCUCGGCUGAACGUCUUACUGUUGUAGUACUGAAGGCUAGGAAUCUUCUUCCGCCUCAAGAAGGAAAAGAUGCUUUGGAUGUUUACGUGAAAGUAUACCUUCUUGUUAAUGGGAAACGCGUGAAGAAGAAGAAGACUAACCGUAAGGAAAUCAAUAACCCCAUAUGGAACGAAGCUUUAUCUUUCAGUCUUCCUUCAAGUAACUUACAAGAAGCUUCUAUUGAGGUAUGUGUUGUAACUGGCGGUGGUAGCGGCCUCGUGGUUGGUUGGUGCUGCGUGGGAGCCGCUGAACCAGCGGCCGAGGGUCGCCACUGGGCUCAAAUGGCGCAAGAAACACGAAAAGCCGUCGCCAUGUGGCACACCCUCAGAUAA